UUAAACACACAUAAAACCCCAACACCACUUCUCAAGACUCUCUCUACGUUUCCUUCAUCAUCUUCUCUAUUCCCCUUUAUAAAAAAAACCCUCCAAUUUUCUACAAAGAUUAGUGAAAUCUCUAAUCGUCUAAUAACCAAAACAAAAACCUUCCAAUUAUAAUUCUCUUUGUUAUUAAUGGCUGAGGAAUUCGAUGAAUCUGAGGUUGUCUUCUCCCAAGAUUUCAGCUUCAAGAGAGACGACGAGAAUGAAAACGACAUGUUGUUCGGUGUCAACAAGGAGAUGAAGAAGAAGAAGACAAACAGGAUCAUUAAGAGGACGGAGGAGUUAUCAAGAUCGCUUCCGGUGGAUGUUCCGGAGAACAUGUUCAGGAGGAGGUACGUCGGGAAAGAAGAGGAGGAGGAUGAAUACUCCGGCGGUGGAGGAGAGAUCGUGCCGCCGCAUGUUAUCGUCGGACGGAGGAUCCAAGGAGGAGAAAUGGCGUUUUCGGUUUGCACGGGUAGCGGAAGGACUCUUAAGGGGAGAGAUCUGAGCCGGGUUCGUAAUUCGGUUCUCAAGUUAACCGGUUUUUUGGAGGCUUGAUGAAUUGAACAUGUUACUUACUUACUACCCGAUUUUUGCCAUUUGAUUUUCUUCCAAUUAUUAUUACAAUUUGCGGAUUUUCCAGUGUUGUUUUUAUCUAAAGUAAACCUGGGAAAAAUGUAAAACAAUUUUAAAAAAUAGUUAUCCAUUACCAU